AUGGAGUUGAGUAACCCCGCAUGGGGCGUUGAUCGUUGGUCAUAUAUCCACAUGCUCUCGCUAUGUGGAAUAGUAUUACUUACCGGAUGGACCAUAUAUCUGGGAUUGAUGAGGAGGAACCGCAAGGCUCAGACUGCCCAGACCUUCGACGAUGACCCGAAGAAUGCUGAUCCAUAUUCUGACAUUGAACCACUCGAAGACGUGGACUGGAAGGCUGGGGAAAUCCUCCAGAUGCGGCCUUUCAAACCCAAGUACCACUUGACAAUGGCUCUGUCUCCAUGCUCCUUAUCUGAAUUGGUCAAGGUAGACUCGACAUAUAUGGAUCGGAUCGAACUCCGACGAUCCCUCAUAAAGAACAAUCGCGCGGACGUGAUCGGUGUGAAUCCGGUGGCUUCGCCUGCGAUCCAAGAGCUGUACUCAUGGCUUGUGGAAACCUAUCUCCCGAUGCGUUUCCCUUCCAUGUACGCCGUUGAACACCGGGUUUCAGAGCCCAACACCCUUCGUAACCGUGCGACGGGGGAAGUCAUAAACCUAACCCCACCACCGACAUCCGAGGAAGCCUUAGCCAUUCUCGGGUCGCAUAUUGACAUCGACUUUCUGGUCCUCCUCCCAUCAACGACCCAUGCUCCGAGUGACGCACCACCCGAACCUCCCGGAUCUUCAAAAACGCAAGAGCACGCUCCGUACAUUCUCCACGCCUUCAUCACCUGCUUCCCUGCAGGAUUUGCGACGGCUCAGAAGAUUUCGAACACGCUCGCUGACAUCCACAUUCCGGUGCCGGGAUACGAUAAGAUCCGCAAAAGCAUGGACCGUUUCUUCGCGACGUUGCCGGUGGGGAAGAUUGUGCAGCGGGCAAAUUGGAGCAUUACGACGGGUGGGGAACUUUUCGUCAUGGCUGGCAGCCAUAUGAGCGAAGAGGAAUACGCGUUGAAUAAGGAGGAGAAGGAAGCGGUGAAGGAGAUGGCCGUGGAGGAGGUGGAGGAGAACAAGAAGAAUAUCUGGGUCAGAUGCGAGAGACAGACUCUCCAUCGCUUGCCAAAGACGAAAGCACUUGUGUUUGGUGUCAAGACGUAUGUGUAUCCCAUCGAGGAUAUAAAAGCGGAAGGCAACGCCGAAGUGCUCGCAGAGGCCAUUGAAGGCCUCGGGAAGGGCAACGUAGAGAAUAUGCGGGUGUAUAAGAGAAGUGUCGUAUGGGGACCUGCGGUGUGCGAGUGGCUGAGGAAGCCAUAA